AUGAACAGCCUAUUCAGGUGGUUUCAGAACCUGGUGGUGCGCGUGAAGGAGAACAUCUUCCUCAAUCCGCCGACCAACGGGGUCAACAACGAUUUCACGCAAAAUCCCACCUAUGUCCAAGGGUCGACCAUCACGCUUCAGUGGGAAACGACGUACCCAUCAACGGACCUGGUGAUCUGGCAGAAUGGCAAUCCAAAUAGUCAGCUCUUGGCAGCGGGCAUCACGACAACGAAACUUAGCUGGACCGUAGGAGCUGGGGCAAUCCCGCCCUUUGACCUGAGCGACGGCUAUGUGUUUUUCUUCCAAAUGUACAACUCAUCAACGUCCACCUUUUUCAGCAGCCAUUACUUCAACGUCAGCGAUCCGUCGCUAGCUUCAACCACGUCCACCGGUCCCUCGAGCACUACGACACCGCCGACAUCUACAUCGACCCGAGCACCGAGUUCGUCAGGGAGCAGCUCCUCCACAACAUCUAGAGUGACGCCCACGCCGACCGUAUCCCCAGAGUCAUCCAAUGAUGGCAACAGCAGCAGCAGUAGCAACAACGACAACAAACUUGGAAUUGGCCUAGGCAUUGGGAUCGGGGUCUGCGCGUUCCUCAUCCUAGUUGCCGGGCUAGUGUGGUACUUUUUCAGACGGCGCCGACGGCAGCAGGAGGCGAAAGGACCACUACUGCCGAAAGCAGUCGAGGCGCCGUCAUCAGAGACCGCGUCGGUCUAUCCCACCGCCAUGAGCUACGGUCACCCACCCUUAGAGCACAGGAGGUACGAACUCGGCUCGACCGCGAUGGACCGGGCACAAGCGGAACUAGAUGGCAGUGGCAGUGGUAGUGGCGGCAGCACGAAGGCUGUGUAG